UGCUCUGGCCACCUGCUCCCGCUCUUGAUUAGGCUUUGGCUCUCUGCCUUUCCUCCAGUGGAAGCCGUUUUUAGGAUCUGAGCUCAGCGGGGCUCUGUGGCAAUCCCACUUUGUGGCAUUGCCCAGAGAUCCAUGGUGGAGCUUUUAGGGCUGUGGUGCUCCUACCCCCCUCCUUACCCGGGGGUGGGUUUGCUCCUUCCCCGCUUCCCAGCCUCGCGUGUGCGUUUUAUCAAAACCGAUACCCGUUCAAAAAGCGAGAAGGCAGCUUGGGCUGACUUCCCUCUUUCCUUUCCCCUUAUCCUUGUAAACCGGCUCCCUGCGGCGUCUCCGCGGCUCCUUCCCCCUGUGCUGCUCUGGGGCCGCAGGAUCGUCCCGGGCUCUCCGGGGACCGUGACCCCGCCGUGGGCGCUCGGGGCGGUCCCUGCCCGGCCCCGGCCCCGCUCCGGGCCCCGCUCCGGGCCGGUCCCGCCCGCGGCCCCGCCGUGCCCCGGGCCAUGAUCGCCGUCUCCAUCCCCGCGGCGGAGCCCCCGGCGGCUGCGCGCAGCCCCGAGCGGGCGCACACGGUGUUCCGGGUGGAGGUGCUGUGCAAUGGCCGGCGGCACACGGUGACCAAGCGCUACAGCGAGUUCCAGGCACUGCACAAGCGGAUCAAGAAGACCUGCAAGGUGCCCGACUUCCCCCCACGCCAUGUCCCCAACUGGAUGCCCAAAGCGCUGGAGCAGCGCCGGCAGGGCCUGGAGGUUUACCUGCAGGGUGUGCUGUACCACAACGAGGAGCUGCCCCAGGACAUCCUGGACUUCCUGAAGGUGCGGCGGUGCCAGCAGAGCCCCAAGGCCAGCAGCCCCCCCAGCACCAGACUCCUGCCCUCCCAGCGCCCCACUGUCGGCUUCUGCUCGGAUCCCUACGUGUGGCCACACGGCCCUGAGCUGCUCCCCAACACGGUGAUCAGCGGGGUCCUGCAGGGCCUGUACCUCCCCCUGAGCUGUGUCCCUGGCCUAGCAGCACGCCCAGCCUCUGGAAUGAUGAGUUCCACCCAGCACCCAGGGAUGCAGUGGUGAGAGAAAGGAUCCUUGAGGUGAAACUCACUCCUCCCUGCUGGGAGAAGCCGAAGGGAUGUUGGGAACUGCUCUCCCAGCACCAUGCAAAGUGCCUUUGUUGGCAGAAGAGGACCUCUGCCUUCCCCCUGCUGUUCUGGGCUUGCAGGGGGGCUCUGUUCUGGGCUCUGGUAUGAGCCUUUGGAUGUUGAAUGGUGCUGGAAAACCUCUCUGCAUCCAGGCUUUGGUGCAAUAAAUCUCCUGGAUUUGACUGAC